GUCGGGACCAUGGAGCCCGGGGCGCGGACGGUGGAGCCGCGGCUGCGCGGCCUGCCGCUGCCGCCGCUGCUGCAGGCGGUGGCCCGCCGGGAGCCGGUGCCGCCGCCCUGGCUGCUCGGCUUCCUCUCGCACUCGCUCUUCGGGCCCGAGCUGCUCACGCCGCGGCCCAGCAGACCGCGCAAGCGCUACAUCUGCCGCUACUGCCAGCGCGAGUUCAGCAAGAGUUACAACCUGCUCAUCCACGAGCGCACGCACACGGACGAGCGGCCGUUCCCGUGCGAGGUGUGCGGCAAGGCGUUCCGGCGGCAGGACCACCUGCGAGACCACAGCUACAUCCACCUGAAGGAGAAGCCGUUCAAGUGCGAGCACUGCGGCCGCGGCUUUUGCCAGGCGCGCACGCUCGCCAUGCACCGCGUCGGCUGCGCGCGCCAGAGGCCAAAUGUCCUCGACUCGGACGGCCCGCACCAGCAGGACGGCCUUCAGCAUAGCCGACAUUCUGGCCAUGUAGACGCGCUGGAAGAAGACCGUACAACCAAGUAUCUCUGUCAAGGGAGGCCGCUGGAUACUGCCUACCGCGGCGGGCAACAAAGCUGA